UUGUUGGUACAGCUACUUUGAGAAAGAACACUUCCGGCUGACGAAGACGUACCCUCAAUUUGUGGUUCAUCUGGUCCCCAGCUCUCACGUUCCGAUUUGUCACGCUAACGCUGGGAGGAGGGCUUGCGUUGGAGGUCACACUGUCCCAUUGGCUGCUGGCGCGGUGGCGGUUUGAAGUGAGGCUAGCGUGUUGAGCUGAAGUUUCUGAGGAGUGUCGCGGCCCAAGGCUUAGCGUUUAGCCGAGAGUAUGGUGGGAAUCCAGGACCAGGGCCGGGUCAGUUCUGGGCCUUCCGGGGGGAUGGAUCUGGUGUGGAGUGCGUGGUGUGGGAAGUUCGUCAAAGAUAAAGGCUUGUCGCCCCUCUGGGCCCAGCGCAUCGUAGUCGCCUGGCUCAGUAAGGCCGAGUGGGAUCAGGUGACGGUGUAUCUGUUCUGUGAUGACCAUAAAUUGCAGCGGUACGCGCUGAACCGCAUCACAGCAUGGAGGAGCAGGUUAGGCAACGAACUGCCCCUGGCAGUGGCUUCUACUGCUGACCUGGUACGCUGUAAGCUCUUGGAUGUAACUGGUGGCUUGGGCACUGAUGAACUUAGACUGCUCUAUGGCAUGGCACUGGUCAGGUUUGUGAAUCUUAUCUCGGAGAGGAAGACAAAGUCUGGCAGGAUCCCCCUCAGGUUCCUGGCUCAGGAGGUGAACAUCCCGGAUUGGAUUGUUGAACUUCGCCAUGAGUUGACCCACAAGAAAAUGCCUCAUAUAAAUGACUGCCGUAGAGGUUGCUAUUUUGUUCUGGAUUGGCUCCAGAAAACCUACUGGUGCCGCCAACUGGAGAACAGCCUGAGAGAGACCUGGGAGUUGGAGGAGGACAAGGAAGAGACAGAUGAAGACAACCAAGAGGAAUCAAAGAACAUUGUUGAUGACAUCACAGAACAGAAACCAAAGCCUAUGGAUGAAGGGAAAGGUGCAGAGCUGGAUGUCAGGGCUGAUGGAGACAGCACAGGUGACAAAGAGAUUGAUGCACAUUGGGAGAAGGCUCAGAGACAUAAAGAGCUGUAUGAAAGAGCCCGAGAACUACUGGUAUCAUAUGAAGAGGAGCAGUUUAAGGUACUGGAGAAAUUUAGGUAUUUACCUCAGGCUGUUAAGGUGUGGAAUCAACUGCCCCCGCCUGUAGACUGUAUCCUGGCAGAACUCAAGGGCAUUACAUGCGAGAACAGGGAAGCUGUGCUGGAUGCUUUUCUAGAUGAUGGCUUUCUCAUCCCCACAUUUGAGCAGUUGGCAGCUUUGCAGAUAGAGUAUGAAGAUGGGCAGACUGAGGUCCCGAGAGGGGAAGGUACUGACCCAGAGUCACACAAAAACGUGGACUUCAAUGAUAUCCUGGUACCAAAGCCGUUCUCUCAAUUCUGGCAGCCUCUGCUCAGGGGCCUGCACUCCCAGACCUUCACGCAGGCCCUGCUAGAGAGGAUGUUCUCCGAACUGCCAGCCUUGGGGAACAGUGGGAUCCGGCCCACCUACAUCCUCAGAUGGACGGUUGAACUGAUCGUGGCUAACACCAAGACUGGACGGAAUGCCCGCCGAUUUUCUGCAGUCCAGUGGGAAGCAAGAAAGAGCUGGAGGUUAUUCAACUGCUCUGCAACCCUUGACUGGCCCUGGGUGGUUGAGUCCUGCUUGGGUUCACCUUGCUGGGCCAGCCCCCAUCUCCUCCAGCUCAUCUUCAAAGCCAUGGGGCAGGUCCUGCCAGAUGAGGAUCAGAAGAAGCUGCUGCAUAUCUGUUCCAUUUAUACCCAGAAUGGAAAAAACAGCCUGGUGGAGGAUGGCUCAGAGGCCUCCCCUAUUGGAAAGUCUGCAUACACACUGGACAGCCUGUAUUGGAGCCUCAAACCCUCUGGCCCCAACUCCAGGCCUGAAGGAGAAGCCCAGCAGCAGGAGGAGAAGGGAAACCUUAAUGAUGUCAAGGAAGAUGAGAUGGAGGAGAAUGAGGUCUUAGAAGACCAGGUAGAAGAGGAGGAAGAGGAAAAUGAUUACCAAGAGAAGUGGGAGGAGGAGGAGGAGGAUGAAGAUGACGACGAUGAUGAAGAUGAUGAAGAUGAGGAGGAGGAAGACAGAAUGGAGUUGGGUACUUUCUCUUUGGAGGAGGAGUCCCCCACUGUCGAGAAUGCCAGGCUCCUGGCUCAGAAAAGAGGAGCGCUGCAGGGUUCUGCAUGGCAAGUUAGCUCGGAAGAUGUACAGUGGGGCAUCUUCCCCAUCGGCCGAAUGCCAGGUCAGACUGAGGACCCAGCAGAGCUUAUGCUGGAGAAUUAUGACACCAUGUAUCUUUUGGACCAGCCUGUGCUAGAGCAGCGGCUGGAACCUCCAACAUGCAAGAUAGGUUGUAGGCCCCAGAAGAGAGGCAUUGCUGGACAUACAGGCCAGCCAGCGUCAGGGAAAUCUGCUCAGAACCUCCCAGACAGCAGGAAGACCCAACCUUACUGAUGUUACCCAGCAGGCUUCUGACUCAUUUCCCUGCCUGCCCUCACUGGGCACCAAACAGCAGUUAAAAGUGAGAGUAACCUUUUUUCGUUACUUUCCCACUCCUUUGGCCUAGAAAAUAUAGAAUGAACUUCCCUGUGGUGGGCACUGAGAGACAGGGAUGAAUAAACCAUGUUCUCACUCCUUAGAGCCCUCUUCCCAGUAAGAAAGAACAGUCACCAGUAAGUGCCAUAAGGGAUUGCAGUGUGCUACCACAAGUUCUUUGUUUUUCUCAGGGUGAAAUUUCCAGGGUGGUGGUUGACUGAGGUCAAGUCUAGCUAUAGUAUCUCCAGCCCCAACUCUGGGGAGAGUAAUUAACUGUGUGAGACAGUGAGCAUCUCUGUGGGGCCAAGUUUGGGCCCUGAGGAGGGGAGCAAGGGACGGAACCAGGCAACUCUCCAGUCAAGAAGCUGGUCCAAGAAGUGGCUGAGCCAAGGAACAAUGGAGAAGGAUUAUGCUAUGAAAAUGUCAAGGAGGGCCCUAGCUGGUUUGGCUCA